GCCCGGCGAGCGGCGAAGGAGACGCAGUUGCCCAAAAGCGUCCGGAGAGAUGAUGCAAUUGGGGGUUUUCCGCUGCCGUCGCGGGUUGGCGGGGUCUUUUGGUACAUCAGAAGCGGGGCAGAAGUAUAUAUAUCUGUUUGGAGGCCCUGAGGAUAGUGAUACCACAGUGCUAUCCCUGCUGAAAAGAUCCUGCCAUAGGAGGUUAGCAAACCUAGGGUGGCACCCUGCAGCGCUACUAGAGAGUGGACAGCGUCACUUCUGUGCAGAUACGGAGAGCGGUCAUGGUACCCAGGAUGCUGCUCCCCUGAAAGACAAGUCGUGCUCUGAGAAGGAAACUGCUUCUUCAGGGAACCUUUUUACCAUCCCACCAACACUUCUCCCUCCCACAACUUGUUGUAUGAGUGGAUGCCACAACUGCGUCUGGAUUGAUUAUGCAGAAGAGCUUCUGAAAUACUACAGGGAUGGUGGAGAUCAGGCCUUGGCAGCCGUGGAGGAGCACGUACAGGAUGAAAAUAUUAAAAUGUUCUUAAAGAUGGAAAUUAAGCUCCGUAUGAAGAAAGACUGAAAUUUUUGAUCUGGUGUACUCUUAGUACAUGGUUUCAGACUAUAGGAGAUUUUGAAGGGGAAAAUUAUUUAAUGGUUUCUUCUGCAAGAGGUGUUAUGUUUUAUUUUAUAUAAAGAGUUCUA